GUACAACUCAAAGAAAUGAAUUUCUCCUCGCCAUUCUGGCGAGUCCUUUUGCUGAUUGUAUUUUUGCUUUGGUCGGGAACUCCUUGCCAUGCUGCGGAAACAUUUGCCAGCCGAUCGUACUUCUACGUUGGUGGUCAUUAUGAGAAUGCGACCAAUGGCGAAGUUAUGGUAGAUCAGAUGUAUGUCGAGAAGUUGGUUCCGAUACACCCAACACAGAAAUACCCUCUCUUCUUUAUCACAGGAGCCGCACAAACCGCAACAAAUUGGCUCAACACACCCGACGGCCGGCAAGGCUGGGCAUCCUAUUUCCUUGACCAGGGUUACACCCUUUAUCUCACCGAUCAACCGCAACGCGGCCGAUCUCCCUGGCUCCCCGGUGACGGCACACUAUCAAACUACAACGUCUCCUUCGUCCAAAACUACUUCACCACAAUCCAGGUCGCCAAACUCUGGCCGCAAGCCUCUCUCCACACUCAAUGGCCUGGCACAGGCCAACCCUACGAUCCAACCUUCGACACUUUCUACGCUUCUCAACUACAGCAGCAAAGUAACCUGACACUCACAACGACCAACAACAUCCACGCCGGCAUUUCUCUUUUAAAACUCAUCGGCUCUGCAAUCUUGAUCACGCAUUCACACGGCGGCCCCUAUGGUUGGGGCAUAGCUGAUGCUGUCCCAUCUCUCGUAAAAGGGAUCAUUGCAAUCGAGCCAGAGGGGCCACCGUUCAUGGGCAUGAUUGUGGCUAGUGGCAAAGCAAGACCUUAUGGUGUUACUACUUUACCGAUCACUUAUGAUCCACCCGUCACGGAUCCGGUCGUAGAUCUAGCUCAGGAAACGGUGAAGAGUAUGAGAGAGAAUCUCAGUGAUUGUAUUCAGCAGCAGGAACCAGCAAGAAAGUUGGUUAAUUUGAUUGAUAUACCGGUGCUAGUGGUGACGAGUGAGGCGAGUUAUCAUGCGGUUUAUGAUUAUUGUACUGUGGAAUAUUUGAGACAGGCCGGGGUCGAGGUUGAGUGGCUGAACUUGCCUGCGGCAGGGAUUCAUGGCAAUGCUCAUUUCAGCUUCAUGGAGCUGAAUAAUAUGGAAAUUGUGUCGUUGAUCGAGGAUUGGACCUGGAAGCACAUUUGAGAGUUAAAAUCAGUACAACUGUGACGGCUGGCGUAAGGGCAUGAUCUGCCAAGGACAGGAUAUCGGAAACAGGCACAAAACGAAGCUAAGCC